CCUCUUACGUGUUAUUCAGUCGCCCGGUAGCUGUGUUUCGGGUCAGGUCGGAGGGUCUUUGGAGGACAGUUUAUUCAUCAUGGCCCUGAGGGUGAUCCGACAGAUCGUCCCAUCGGGAGCAGCUGCUCUUAGAGCUGCACACAUCUCCCAGAAGGCUGGUGUUCACACGAGCUCAGCGAGGAGCCUACAGUACGGCUGGCUGACUUACUUUAUGGGCGAGAGGACGAUGCCACGGUUAACGUCGACCAGCAAAAUCAUCACCUUGGAUGGAAACCUGGCCUCAGGGAAAGGAGCUCUGGCCUCCAAGCUGGCUGACAAACUGGGUAUUUACCUCACUGUUAGGAUCAACUUUUAG